UAUAAAACUACUAAAAUAAAUGUUACAUAUUUAAGUCAUCUUUUUUUGUUCAUAUAAUUAAUCUUUCUGUUGUCAUUGGUCGUAAUACUACUGCCAUUUUCAAUGCCUCUGAGAUUUCCAUUGCUCCUCUCAAUUCUGAGAUUAAGCAGUUUUCUUCUUUAUUAAACCUCGUCUCACUAUUUUUCUCUUUUUGGGUUCAGUUGAAGAACCCAGUGGAAUCCCAAAAGCUGAUUUUUUAGCAUGAGGUCGCUCACAGUUAACUAUUGGGCUACCAGUACCAUGUUCAUGGGUUUUGCCACAAACCCACCUCAUUGUAUAAGUUCUACCUUCAUAGGUGGGACUUUUAAAGUAAGGCAUUAUGUGCAAAAGGCUUUAUAUCCCAGAUUUCACAAAGGGUUUACCUGUAAUCCCAGGGCAUUUGCAAGAAGAAACUCAGUGAAGAAAUUGAAAAAGAAUGGAAAACCACUUGGAGGUGUUGCUGACAUUUCUUCUAAAGAUGAAUAUGGUCAAGAAGAUGACACUGAACUUGACCCUUCUGAUAGUUCAGCUGCACAAAAACUGAAUAUGGUUCCCUCCAGGGGUACAGUACUUCAGGCAUGUGCUGUUACUUCUGGCUUGAUAGCUGCUUUCGGUGUAGUGCUUCGACAAGUAUCACAUCUUGCAUCAACAGAAGGAUUGCCAAUACUUGAUUGUUCCUCGAAAGUAUCAUUUGAUUUUGAGAUGUGGCAUCUUCAGUUGCUUACAGGAUUAGUUGUAGUGAUAUCAUCAAGCCGAUAUCUUUUAUUGAAGACAUGGCCAGAUUUUGCUGAGUCUAGUGAAGCUGCCAAUCGGCAGGUCCUUACUUCACUGGAGCCGUUGGAUUACUUGGUUGUUGCUUUUUUGCCUGGGAUUAGUGAGGAGCUUCUUUUUCGCGGUGCAUUAUUGCCACUUUUCGGAUUUGAUUGGAAGAGUGUCUUGGUGGUUGCUGCCCUGUUUGGUGUUCUACACAUUGGAGGUGGCCGAAAGUAUUCCUUUGCUGUCUGGGCAACUUUUGUUGGGCUUAUGUAUGGCUACGCAACCAUCUUUUCUUCCAGCUUGAUUGUACCUAUGGCUUCACACGCAUUGAACAACUUGGUUGGGGGAAUUAUAUGGCGCUAUGAAAAUCAAUCAAGUUCAUCAGACCAAAAAUGAUCAUCAUUUCAUGCAGCAUACAACAUAAUUCAAGCAAAGACAUCAAAACUUUGAACUAGUCAGUCAGUAGUGCAUCCUUAAUUUGUAUGUAGUGUAUAGACAGCCACCUUCAUUCAUUUUGUCCCCAAAGAAAGCUGCUUGUACACACAAACAAGUAUAUAUAAAAAAGUCUUACAAUUCCUUCAAACUUAGCCUUAUAGAAUAGUCAUAGACAUGAUUUUUAAUCACAUAGAAAAGAAAAAACAAAAAACCCCACGUUGUUUAUGAAAUUGUUGUUGAACUUUUCUAGAACAUAGUUUCACUUACAACCUCACGCGUAAGAAGUUGAAGAAAGUGGGGCCUUUUGUAUUUAUAUGACUUGUUAAUAUUUUCAUUAAUAUGGUAAUACAUUGGCUUUCGAAA